AUGACACCUUUUUUGAUAGAUAAUAACAUCACCAAUACAGUCUCUAGAGGUCAUAUCAUGUCAACAUCAGAAGAGAUUGAAGAAAAGAUCAUACACGAAGAAUAUAAGAUAUGGAAGAAGAAUACUCCUUUUCUCUAUGACAUGAUCAUCACUCAUGCUUUGGAAUGGCCUUCACUUACUGUUAAUUGGAUGCCACAAAAGACUGCACCACCAAAUAAACAAUAUUGCGUUGAAAAGGUAGUAUUGGGAACACAUACAUCAGAUGCCGAACAAAACUAUUUAAUGGUUGCAAAGGUUCAUCUCCCAAUUGAUGGAGCACAAAUAGAUUCUAUAAAAUAUGAUGAUCAAAAAGGAGAGGCAGGAGGAAUAGGUACAGUAUCAGAAAAGAUUGAAAUUGUACAAAAGAUUAAUCAUGAGGGAGAAGUAAAUAGAGCACGUGUCAUGCCACAGAAUCACACUAUUAUUGCAACCAAGACCGUUUCAUCAGAGGUAUAUGUAUUUGAUACGAGUAAACAUCCAUUAGAACCAUCACCCGAUGGAAAGUGUGCACCCAAUCUAAAGUUGAUGGGUCACACCAAGGAGGGUUAUGGUAUAUCGUGGUGUCCAACCAAGGAAGGACUCCUUCUUUCAUGUUCAGAUGACCAAACUAUAUGUCUGUGGAACAUCAACGCAGCAGGUAAAUCUGCUGGUACAUUGGAUGCCGACCAAAUCUUUCGUGGACAUCAAUCGAUUGUCGAGGAUGUCGGAUGGCACUAUCAACACGAUUCAUAUUUUGGUUCGGUUGGUGAUGAUCGUCGUCUCAUACUUUGGGACACUAGACAGGGUGACAAGCCAACCAAGGUUGUCGAAGCACACACCUCAGAGGUCAAUUGUUUAUCAUUCAAUCCAUACUGCGAAUACCUCAUUGCCACUGGCUCCACCGAUCACACUGUUGCUCUCUGGGACAUGAGAAAUCUCGGUGCUCGUCUCCACACCCUCAUCUCGCACACUGACGAAGUCUUCCAAGUCCAAUGGUCUCCACACAACGAAACAGUACUUGCCUCGUGUGGCUCUGACAGACGUGUCAAUGUUUGGGAUCUAUCCAGAAUUGGUGAAGAACAAAAUAAUGAAGAUGCUGCUGAUGGUCCACCAGAAUUAUUGGUAUGUCAUAUUGAUAAAUAUUUUAUUCAUGGAGGUCAUACAAGUAAAAUAUCAGAUUUCUCAUGGAAUCCACAUAAUCCAUGGGCUAUUGCAUCUGUAGCUGAAGACAAUAUUUUACAAAUAUGGCAAAUGGCAGAGAAUAUUUACAACGACAAAGAGGAAGACGAUAAGGUUUCUCCUUCUCAACUCGGAGAAUAA